AUGGCUCUUCAACCUCAGGAAGAUCGGACGAGUUUGCAUAAUCCAAACGUUUUUGAAACAUCCCAAUAUUCACAAAAUACCACUGAACAUUUUUGGUUUAGUUCAGGAACAUAUAAUGCUGAUCCACCAAUACCAAUAUCAACCUCAUUAAACAAUGAUCAAGCAACUGGUAUAGAAGAGUCUAAUGGUGUCGAUGAAAAUUUUCCGUUUACAUCAGAUAUCGAAGCAAGAGUUGAAGAAAUAAUAAAUAAUGAAAAGUUCGAUACUGACGAUAUGCCAUUUAGUCCAUCAAUGCCUUGGAUACUAGAAGAGUUAGACAAGUUUGACUUAGAAAAAAUCGAUCGAUCCAUUCAAGAUCGAAUAAUGACUGUGGAAUCUCAACCACCAACAGAUAUUCGUCGUCGAUAUGAAAGUGACGGUAAACGUCAAAUUGAAAAAUCUCGGUCGAAACCGAUGACAAUUAAAUUGCCAAACUUAAAUACAUGUCAAUUAAAUGCUCGACAAUCAUUAUGGUUACAGUUAACACUCAUAACUGACAAUGAAAACCCUACAGGUAAAGCGUAUACUCACGUAGAUAAACUAGAGUAUCAUGCAGAUGAUUUACCUGAAUGUGGUCACGGACCCAUUCGUGUACCGUUAACUCCAACGGAUAUUCAGCAAGGAACAAAACAAUUAGCUCGAAUAUCGAUCAUUAAAAAAAAAUUAGAUGCGUACUCAUUCGAGUUAAAACCAUUUAAUCCAACAUCGACAGAUAAUCAAACUGAAAUUUAUGAAAAUACAAAUGCAAAAUCAAUCGUUGCAAAAGCUAAAUGUUUUCGUGAAAUGUAUCAUUUAAAAUUUAGUCGUAUUGCAUGUCAAUUACUGAUAAACCAAGAUUUAACAUGGCAUACAACUAAUAUUUUCUGUCAAACAGAUAUAAUGGAAGAAAAAGAAAAACAAAUCAAUUCAAAAAAAGCAUCAAAACGAUCGGAACCUUCGAGUGAUAGCGAUGAUGAAGAUGAAUAUCCACCUCAUCCUCGAAAUUCUACAAAGAAACGAAAGCAAUCAUCAACCUCAAUGAAUAAAUUACCCGUAACUCGAGUGAAAAAGUUAUAA